UCAUGCACUAGCGUUAAACAAACCUCACGAGACUCACAGUCAACACCACUCAAGAAGAAAAUAUCACAACAAAAUGCUAUCUUCCAACUACAACAAAACCUUGUUCGCCCUCUUUCUUUUCUUCUUCAUCACCACCGGAGGAGCAGCAGCAGGCGGUGGAGGAAGGAAGCUCAUGGCAAACGGUGGCGGCGGUGCACAGCCAUCAGUAAACCCCAACAACGGGGGUAGUGGUUCAGGCCAAAGUCCCAACGGUGGCUACAGCUGGGGAUGGGGGUCUGGGCCCACCAGUGGGUGGGGGUAUGGUUCAGGAUCAGGGAGAUCCCCAGCAGGUUUUGGUAGAGGCUGGGGCUUUGGCUUUGGUUCCGGGUCCGGGUCUGGAAGUGGGUACGGGUAUGGGACCGGCGGUGGUGCUUCUGGCAGCGGUUAUGGGUUUGGUGGUCCAGAUGGCUCUGGUGGUGGUGGCUCCAGCGGAGAAAAUGGUGGCAGCGGUCGGUCACCUUCUAAGGGCCAAAACAGCCAUGGGUAAAAUAAAAAUGUAGUCCUCCUUUGAUAUAUGAUAUUACUAAAUAUUAGUUAGUGUGAUAUAUAUAUAUAAAUAUAAGUGCAUGGUUAUGUUUGGGGUGUGUAUGCAAUUGAAAGCUCAAGAGCUGUAGCUAUAAGCUUUGAAGUUGCUAUAUAUAUAUAUGAUAUGACUUAAUGAAAUCUUAAAUAUUUAGUUUCA